GAAGCAAACUGAACGAAACGAGGAGGAACCUACCUAAAUUUGUCCAAUAGAAACUCUCCUUUUCUCAAACGCAACUGUUUGGACUAAUGAGCACACCCGUUGUAUAAAAGGUCCAGCAAUAGUCCUGUUUAGCAGACAGAAGCGUGGUUGAUGUCUAUCAGCAACAUGUCUGGAAGUGAGUUAUACAACAUGACCGCAAAGCUUAUUUCAGGAGAUUUUUUUAAAUUCUCGUCACUUGUCGGUAAAGUGGUGCUGAUCGAGAAUGUGGCGUCUCUCUGAGGUACUACCACCAGGGAUUACACCCAGAUGAACGAGCUCCAUGAACGGUACACCGACAAGGGUCUCGUGAUUCUGGGGGUGCCCUGCAAUCAAUUCGGACAUCAGGAGAACUGCAAUAACGAAGAGAUUCUGAUGUCCUUGAAGUAUGUCCGACCGGGAAAUGGCUUUGAGCCCAACUUCCAGCUCCUUGAGAAAGUGGAUGUGAACGGGAAGCACGCCCACCCCCUGUUUGUGUACCUCAAGGAGAAGCUGCAGUUCCCAAGCGACGAUCCCAUGGCCUUAAUGAACGACCCUAAAUGCAUCAUCUGGAGUCCCGUUGGCAGGAAUGACAUCGCCUGGAACUUUGAGAAGUUUCUCAUUGGGCCAGACGGAGAGCCAUUCAAACGCUACAGCAGGAGAUUCCCGACCAUCGAUAUUGAGGGUGACAUCAAGAAGCUUCUCAACACGGCAAACUAAACCGUCCCAGUGUUGGUCACACAGAGGCAAUGGGGAAAUGUGGGUGUGAUAUGCAUUUCAGAGUAUAAAGUAUUGAUGCCUUGCAUGUAUGGGCACACCUUGGAAAAUGUCCCUGGCUGUAACUCAAAAGGCAACAGUUGGACUUUCAACAGCUUACUGUUCAAUAAAUACUUCCUCCUCCUCACAAGCUCUGUGUGACCACAGCACCCAUUAUAUUUUUAAAUCAUGUACCGUGCUCUCCUGUGCGAAAUGCUACUGUGUUCUGAACUUUUAUUAAAUGAAGCCAUCCUUUGAAACCACGCCUUUUGUGAGGGGGAUAUCUGAUGAAAUAUAAAAGUCUUAACAUAAGUUGCAUUGGGCCCAUGUAAAGCAUGACUGUCUUAAUGUAACAAGUUUACCAAAUAAAUAUUUUUACUAAGGA